AUUUUGGAUGCGAGAGCUGAAAAAUGUGCUAACACCUACUUUCAGCACUGUGACAAAACAUUGCCGGAGGAGAAAUUACGUAAAUUAUCAGAUAUAAGAGAAAUUCUAAUUGCUAUGGAUGAAGUUGAUGCAUUUUGCAGUGAUACGAACAGAGCCAUGGAUUGCCAGAUUGGGGCGGGCAUGGAAUGUUACUCCCACAAGUAUAAAUCUGAAUCUAUACUAGAGGCUUUUUUUGCCAACAGCAGACUUCUGUACAAGUGCAUCUGCGACCCGGUUUUCCAAGCAGAGUACCUGCAACACAAAUCCUGUAUCAAGGUGAUCAUCAAGGACUGGAACGACUGUAUUAGCCAGUUUUAUAGUUUGAUUACAAACUCAAAUUUCAGUAUGGAUUCCACAUUACCCAAGCAGUGCAGUGCCAGAGACGGUUUCCUUAAGUGCGUAUACGACGCAAGCACAUUCAAAUGCGAGAAAGAGGGGGCUCUUUUCAUCAAGAAGUUCGCUGACAAUCUGUCCAAUCUUUGGAUGUACCCAGAGACCUGCGGUAAUGUAGAUAUGACAUUCUGUACCGGAGAAGCAACGGCCCUCACUAUUAAUUUCCUUACUCCUUGGCUACUGUUGUUAUUACUGUCUCUUAUAAAAGAAAUGUAUUAAUCCUUGUAUAUACUAUUUUGUUAAGCACUUUAAAAACCUCUAUUUAUAUUUUAAGGAGAUGUAGAUCACAUUUACAUUAAAUGUAUUUGUAUUAUGAA